AUGGCGCAUCUCAACUCUCCUAAGUUGCCUUAUCGCGACAUCAAUGUCAAGAUCGCCAACGACUCUUAUACCUUUACUUCUCCCUCCUCUCCUGAUGCGCCCGCACUCGUUCUUGAUCGACCGACUGGCGAUGUCCGCCUGACUGACGGCAGCGCCGCAUCCGCCAAGAGAACAACUCGCGUCUCGAGUAUCGCCGGUAUCCUGGGAAUUAUCCAGCUUCGCCUUGACAAAUAUGUCAUCUUCAUCACCAAGGCUCAACCCGUCGGCCGCCUUAAGGGCCACAUGGUGUAUAAGGUUGCUGCUACCGAGAUCCUACCUAUGCGCGAGCGUUUGAUCCACGAUCCCGACGAAGACAUCUUCAUCCAGCUUCUCAAGACCUUCCUUGCCUCCGGGCCUAUGUACUUCUCUUACUCCAUCGACCUCACCAACUCCUUCCAGCGCCAAGCUCAGGCCGACGUUUCCAAGCCCCUGUGGAUGCAGACCGAUGAUCGCUUCUUCUUCAACAAGUACCUCCAAGGCGACCUGAUCGAUUUCCGCACUCGAGGUGCUCGAUCUCAGCCUGGCGCGCAGCCCGGUGUCGACCCUUACAUUCUGCCAUGCAUUUUUGGCAUGCUCGAGAUCAAGCCUACAACAUUCAAGGGCAACCCCCUGACUCUGGCUCUCAUCACCCGUCGAUCGCGCCACCGUGGUGGUACAAGAUACUUUACUCGUGGUGUAGAUGAUGAAGGACAUGUCGCCAACUACAAUGAGACAGAACAGAUAGUUAUCCUCAAUGACAGCAACAGCGGGUUGGGUGGGUAUGCAGGCAGCUCCGACAUGCAGAGCGGAAAGUUUGGCGCUGGCGCUGGCCAGGAGAUGCAGAUCUUUUCUUAUGUCCAGACUCGUGGUAGCGUUCCUACUUUCUGGGCCGAAAUCAACAGCUUGCGAUAUGUCCCCAAGCUCCAGAUUCGCGGCACCGACGCUGCUCUUGCUGCUGCUCAGAAGCACUUUGAUGAGCAGAUUCGCCUGUACGGUGACAACUAUCUCAUCAACUUGGUCAACCAGAAGGGCCGUGAGCGACGGGUCAAGGAGUCGUACGAGCAGAUGGUGGAGAAGCUCGUAUCCUCUCCUAAGGAGCGACAAGAGGCAGACCUGCUUACUGAAGAGAAGUUCACUACGAUCCAGCCCGAAGGCAAGCAUCAAGAGUUCGACCGUCUGCACUACGUCUACUUUGAUUACCACAGUGAGACGAAGGGCAUGAAGAUGAACAAAGCUUAUGCUCUUAUCGAGAAGCUUGCCGAGGGCCUCGAGAAACAGGGCUACUUCCGGGCUGUUGCUACGACGUCUGGCGCUGAUGGUGCCCUCGAUGCCCGUAGCUACCAGACAAGCGUGAUGCGUACCAACUGCAUGGACUGCCUCGACCGAACAAACGUCGUUCAAAGCAUGUUCGCUCGACACAAGCUUGACCGCAUCUUCGAGGAUGUCGGUUUCAUGUCCCGUGGCGCUUCUUUCCGCGAUGAAGAUGCUGCCUUUGAGGAUAUGUUCCGCAAUCUCUGGGCUGACAAUGCAGAUGUUGUCUCGAACUCAUACUCUGGCACAGGCGCCAUGAAGACUGAUGUCACACGUACAGGUAACAGAACCAAGGUCGGUGCCCUUCAAGAUGCCCGUAUUGGUGUCACUCGUUAUUUCCGUAACAACUUUUUCGACGGACCUCGACAGGAUUCUUUCGAUCUCUUCCUGGGAACUUACCGACCAGGCUCAACCAACAUCGGCACAACCUUGGUCUUUACUGACCGCCGCCCGAUUUUGAUUCAGUCUAUUCCUUACAUUCUGGCCUUCAGUGUCUUCAUCAUUUUUGUCGGUCUCUUUACUCGCCGGGCCCCUGAAACGAGCGCCCUGCCUCUCCGUAUUUUCCUUUUCUUCUGGUUGGCUAUCGCGGCCUGGUCCUUCUACUUUGUUUGGAAUCACGGCAUGCUUUAUGUCAACUGGCCCCGCCUCAACCCCAGACCAUUUGCUAUUGAGGGUUACAACGAACACUUCGCCAAGGCGCGCAAGGACUCUGUUAUUGGAACCUACGUGGCAAAGCACGAGAGGGGUCUCAGCACAGCUCGGUAUCUCAGUGCAGAGGAGGGCAAGAAGAGGAUUGAAUAG